AGUCAGGAAGAUGAGAAUUCAAGUGCUACUGUUGUUUGUGCCCCUUCUCUUGGAAGCGGAAGGAGACGAAGUCGAUAGUGUGAAGCUGCCCACCCGCUGCGAGACUUGCAAGAUUCUUAGCUUAGAACUUCAAAAAAAACUGGAGGAAACCGGUAAAUCGCAUGAUGUCAUCGAAACCGGAUACGGUUUUGAGGAUUCGAAGAAGAAAAAACGGACAAAAUACCGGACUUCGGAAUUACGGUUGCUCGAGUCAUUGGAAAACGUCUGUAACUCGAUGCUGGAAUAUAAUCUUCAUAAGGAAAGAGCUGAUAGCACCAGAUUUGCGAAGGGGAUGAGUCAGACUUUCCAAACUCUCCACGGUCUUGUGGGUAGAGGAGUUAAAGUGGAUUUGGGAAUUCCCGAAGAUCUUUGGGAUAAGCCUCCUGUUGAAGUGACAGCAUUGAAGACUCAGUGUGAAAAGCUUCUGGAAGAUCACGAAGAUGACAUAUCUGAUUGGUACUACAACCUGCAGGACUCGAUAUCAUUGCAGAAAUAUUUAUGCUCAGAGAAAGCAUUGAAAAACGAUGAAGAUGUGUGCUUGACUGAGGAAUUUGACCCGGAGUCGAGCUCGCGCGAUGAGCUAUGAUGAUGAGCUUGGUUAGAACGUUAAAAGCUGGAAGUGGAAUUCUUCGUAAGCCCUUGUUUUUUGUUUCAUCAUUCUUACGUUCAAAAGCAUCGUAGUCUUGUUGAAUCACGCAAUGUUUGUCAUAUUCGUGGUAAAAAUUUCAACGCAACAUUGCCGCUCGAUUAUUGCGAACAUGAGUUUUGAAAUUAUCGUGCUGUACAGUAAUACGGUACUGUGAUAAUUCGUUUUAAAUAUCAGGUGUUUUCGCAUAUAUAAUCGAAAGCUGUCAUAGAAGUGUUCUUCAAUAAUUAAUACAUUUCCGAAAAGAUCUCAAAUAAAGAAAACUGUCUCUUAGUGAUUGCCCCAAAGCUCAAUUGGAUCGUAAGGAUGAUCGAUCGUAGUAAAAUUAAGCGGCCGAAAGUAAAAUCUUAUUAUGCAGGCUGCUUUUUUUCAUCACAUUGAAUCGAAAUCCGUGCAAGAUUUAUAGAAUACCGCUCGAUAUAAAUUUUUCCGUGUGAAGGAGUGAAAGAAAAAGGAAAUGUCUGUGAAGAAUGUAUUCGAAAACAAAGCUGCUAUGUUUUUAUGCGUUCUGAACCGGCUCUAGUCAUAGUAAAUUCGAGCUUUGUCAAAGAACGACUUGACAUGCUGUCUGCUCUCCGUGGGCUUUUGUGGUCUACGUUUCGAGAUCAUCCAUAAAUCACGCGUUCAACAAACCACUUCUCAAGCAUUGCAGGUUAGUGUUUAAAAUGAGAAACCCAAUCAUGUUGCU